AAACGCUUUAAAACAGACUUUCCAGGUCAAUGCAGAGGCGGACAGUAGUGAAGUAUUUUUACUUUACUCAAGUAAAUUUAAAAAGUAUAUGUAGUUUAUCAGAGUGUUUUUUUUUUGGAAAACUUUACAUAAUGUCAUACUUUUUACUGCACUACAUUUCAUAAAAGUUGUUGUUUGUUUUACCUUUAAUACUCAAGAACAUAAAAAAUUGAGUACUUUCUUGCACUCAAGUAAAUCUUUGAAUUACUUUUACUUGAGUAGAAUAGAUUUUAAGUAAUAGAUUUCUAAUGUAAUUUGGUAUUAAAUUAUAUUUAAUAUAAAAUUUAGUGCAGUAAAAAGUAUGCUUUGGAAUGUUGUGAAGAAACAUUUUCUAAAGAAAAACACUGAUAAUGUACAAACACUUGAAAAGUACUUUUACAGCAGAGUAAAAAUACUUUACUGCCUCUGGGUCAAUGGAUGUAUUGGUAGUAACAGCUGUUAUUGUUUUUUAACCUUUUUGCAUCCAAUAUUUAAAAGAGUCUAAAUAUAACUAUAAUGUCAGUAUGUGCUCAGAAUAAAUGAUCUUUUAUUAAAAUCUACAACUUCACUUUAAAAAACACUGUAAUAUAUGUAUAUACAAUAAAUUGUUCUUACUGGGAGGGAACUAACGUCAGAGUGUUGACACUUUGACAGCUCUAAAAGAACUUUUUCUAAAUUUAGAUGCCUCCUGACUGGUGAUCAACUGUUAGGAUGUGGUAGGACAGACUGUGCUUUAAUGAGGAAUGGUCAGGGGCUCGGUCAGACUCAGCAGUCCCUUUAAACCAACCAAUAGGUUUUGAACUUCAGAGUAGGGCGGGAUUAAAAAACCACAACAGAAACAAGUGUAAAUACCACAGGAAGUAAUCCAAGAGAAAACAAACAAUAUAAGUGUUUUGGAAGAAGAUUGAGCAUUAAUUUAUCACCUUGAAGUCGGGAGAAGAAGAGAAAGCCAGGUAGAGGACAGACAUUCCUUUAUCCUAAUUCUGCUGCCAAUGCCCAUUCAGUCCUCAGUCAGUUUAUAUGCUUGGUACUUCAUUGAUGGCUUGGUACCUUGACAAACCCCGGGUCACUCACCUGGGGUCAAAGCAGCUCCGUUUGCUGUACAAGAUGAAGUAUCUGCUCACAAACUUCAGAAAUGUGUCUCACCUUAUUAGGAGGCCUCAUAGGUCAUGUGAGAGUAUCUGCUCCUCUCAGUCUACAAGGAGCAGUCCUCUCAAAUCGCAUAGAUCAAAGAAGACUAUCAGACUUUUUGGAGCAAUUAGCAGUAAUGAUCGAUUAUACUCAACCUCCAACAGAGAGACUUUCAAAGCAGAAGCUCCCAUUGGAGUUUACCAACACAGCAGGACUGCUUUUCGCCUGAACUUAUUUGGACUGAGAUUAGGAGAGUCUUUUAAUCAUCUCUCCAGACACGUAAACUCAUACUUUAAGGAGAAACAGGUAUCUGUGGUGGAUUAUGGGCAAGUUGGGUUGAUGUCUGCAGUGCAAGAACCACUAACCAGAGCAUCCAGACGAGUUCAGAGAGAGAGACGCAGAGCUUUUAUAGGGACACCUGCCAUUGACCAGGUCCAUGAAGAUUCCUCUGAUCAACCUUUGACCUCAGCCUAUCCUGGACUACAGUUGUUCCACAUCAGUUCCUUGGCAAACAGAUUUGGGGAGAGUUACAGCUAUGUGGCCAGUCACAUUAACACUAUGUUCUCUAGAAAUCCAACAAAGCAAAUACACAUGGAGGUAUCACCAGAUGAUGGACUCAGAAGGUCUACAAGAAAGCGAAGUGUUAUGAGUAAUAAAAGUGCUCUUGAAACUGCGCAAACUCAGCAAAACAGUAUGGGUGCAAGACCGGAGAUUGAUAACAGUGUAUCUAGUUCCUGGGAUGAAGGAUACCUCCACUUUGCCCAUCACAUCAAUCGAUACUUUGGAGCGAAAGUAGCAGAUACAGUUGAGAAAUCAACACAUGCUGAGACGAACAUCCUGAAGACUUCAGUCUCACCAGAGGUUCUAAAUAAAACUAAGGAUCCACUUCUUCAACCCAAAUCCCCAGGAUUGUUCCACAUGAGCAACCUCACCACACGCUUUGGGGAAAAUUACUCUUAUAUGGCCAACCACAUCAACCAGUAUUUUAAAGGAUCUGCAGCUUUAGAGAAUGAGGAGGUGGAUGGACAGCUAGAGUAUUAUAGAGGUUCAGCUGAGGCUACGGUGAUCCAAGAAAAACCAGUGUCCUUUUAUGAGUGUCUGUUGAAACCCUCAACCAUACCUGGUUUUGUGGGAAGCUACUUGGGAAUGGGCUCUUCCAGGCGUAGUGAACAGACCACAACCGUUACAAGGACCCCAGAGGAAAUUCUGGAUGAAACGAUUUUAAGGAGGAGGAAUGCAGAUGAGAUAACUAGAGUUUUACUGAAAAGACUGGAAAAGGCUGCGGUACCGUCAUCCAUCACUUCCUGUGUGAAGGAGCUGAAUGCUCACCUCAUUCAGCACCCAGCAUGCAAGGCUGUGGUGUGGCAGGAAAAAGCAGCACUGCAGCUACUUAGACGACGCCGGAUCUUUUGGAUGAAUGAAAAACUUCAAGAAGCCAUUAGGGAAACUUUGGCUCUGAUUGGUUAUGCCGAUCCGGUCAAAGGUUGUGGGGUCAGAGUGCUUUCCAUUGAUGGAGGCGGAACCAAAGGGUUAGUUCCACUACAAGUGCUAAAACAGCUGGAAGCUCAAACAGGAAAACGAGUGCAUCAGUUGUUUGACUAUAUAUGUGGAGUCAGCACAGGAGCAGUUCUGGCUUUCAUGUUGGGUCUAGCUCGUAUCUCUUUGGAUGAAUGUGAAGAUAUGUAUCAUCGUUUUGGGUCAGAUGUUUUUCAACAAAACCCUCUAGUUGGUACUGUGAAGAUGGGCUGGACACACUCCUACUACAACACAGAAACAUGGGAGAUGAUCUUAAGGGAGAAGAUGGGGGAGGAGAUUUUAAUUAAAACAGCCAGAGAUGUGCUGAGCCCAAAGGUGUCUGCUGUAAGUGCCGUAGUGAACUGGGGGAAAAGUCCGAAAGCAUUUAUUUUCCGCAACUAUAAUCAUGCUCCAGGACGACUGAGCCGCUACGCCGGAGGAUCAGGAUACCAGCUGUGGCAGGCUGUCCGGGCCUCAUCUGCUGCUCCAGGAUACUUCCAGGAGUUCCCUCUUCAUGGCGAUAUACACCAGGAUGGUGGUCUUAUCCUCAAUAACCCCUGUGCUCUAGCUGUCCAUGAAAGCCGGCUGCUGUGGCCCAACCAGCCCUUCCAGUGUGUGCUGUCACUGGGAACUGGCCGGUAUGACAACGCUAGAAGAGGACCUGCAACCUCCACAAGUUUAAGAGCCAAAAUCAGCAACCUGAUCUGGAGCGCCACCGAUACUGAAGGUGUUCACACUCUAUUGGAUGACCUCUUAUCACCGAACGUGUAUUUCCGCUUUAACCCAAUGCUGAGUUCAAACGUGACACUGGAUGAAAGCAGGCCUGAAGUGCUUCAGCAGCUGCAGAACGACACACAGCUCUACCUGGACCGGAACCGACCCAAACUGGAACGCUUGUGUGAAGUGCUGAUGGCAGAGCGCACAGCAAUCUGGAAAACACGUGACUGGAUCGGUGGGAAAGCGUGGGAGCUGCAGCAGCGCUGGGCUUGACUUUACACUUUACAUAGUGCUGAUGAGAAUUCAGCUGAAUGUAUGAAAUUAUCUGGAUCAGAACUAUGAAGAUAUUUUGAAGAAUAUGUUCUUACUGGUGGCACAAGAUUGUGAAUAACAAAUCAUUGUUAAAUAAGUUACAAAUCAAACACACAGGCAUUUUAGACAAUGUAUUAAGCACGCCAAUGUAAAUGUCAAUAUUUAUAGACUGAUGUAUUUAUUUAUCUGUUUUCAUUUUUUAGGUUUAUGAAAUGAAAUAAAACUAAGAACACUACUUUUAUUUAA